UCGGCUUUUUAGAGUGGGAAAAGGCAGGAAAGUUCAGAAUGGACAAGAGCGCCGUGUCCAAGGAUCAGGAUGGCAAUGCCAAGGCGGCGGGAAAACCGGAAAAGCCGGAAAAGCAGGCGAAGCCGGAGCGCUACUCCUCGGACAGCGAGAUCCCCACGUGGCGCAGGACCCGGUUCUUCGUCAUCCUAAUGCUCUUCUCGGGAAUGGCCAAUGCCUACGUGAUGCGCACGAACAUGUCGGUGGCCAUUGUGGUGAUGGUGAACCACACGGCCAUCUCGGAUCCGGAUUUGGAAUCGGGAUCCGAAGAUCCCCGCAACUCGGAGGCGGAGUCGCAGUCGCAGGACGGCGAGUUCGUGUGGAGCUACAAGCUGCAGGGCUACAUCCUGUCCAGCUUCUUCUACGGCUACGUGAUCACCCAGAUACCCUUCGGCCUGAUGAUCCGGUACUUCGGUGCACGCCACUUCCUCGGCUGGGGCAUGAUGGUCAACUCGGUGGCGGCCUUUUUCGUCCCGAUCUCGGCGAGAUCAGGUGGCGCCCUGGGGCUGUGCGUGGUGCGGUUCAUCCAGGGAUUGGGCGAGGGUCCCAUCGUGCCCUGCUCCCACUCCCUGCUGGCCCAGUGGGUUCCUCCGGAUGAGCGCAGCCUGGCCGGGGCCGCCGUCUACGCGGGAGCCCAGUUCGGCACCAUUGUAUCGAUGCCCCUGAGCGGACUGCUGGCCCACUACGGAUUCGACGGCGGCUGGCCCUCGAUUUUCUACGUCUUCGGCAUGGUCAGCACCGUCUGGUGUGUGCUCUUCAUCUGGCUGGUGCAGGAGAGUCCGGCGGCCAGCACGAGGAUAUCGGAGGCGGAGCGGCGGCACAUCAUGGAGGCCAUCUGGCAGGCGCAGCCGGAGGAGUCGGGCCGGGUGCCGGUGAUGGGCAUCGCCAAGUCGCCGGCCUUCUACGCCAUUCUGGUGGCCCAUGCGGGGCAGAACUACGGCUACGAGACCCUGAUGACCAUGCUGCCCACCUACAUGUACCGCGUGAUGGACGUGGACAUCAAGGCCAACGGGGUGAUAUCCUCGCUGCCCUAUUUGGCCAUGUGGAUAGUGGCCAUCGGGUUCGGGAUGCUGGCCGACUUUCUGGUGCGGAGGAACUGCUCCAUCACGGUCAUCCGCAAGCUGAUGAACAGCCUGGGGCAGUACGGACCCGCCGUGGCCCUCAUCUCGGUGGGCUUCGUCCACCACAGCCUGUGGCUGACCUGCGUGGUUUUCGUCCUGGGGAUGGGGCUCAACGGGGCCAUCUACUCCGGCUUCAAGAUCAACCAUCUGGACCUCUCGCCGCGCUUCGCCGGACUACUCAUCGCGGUCACCAACUGCGUGGCCAACCUGGUGGGACUCACGGCGCCCAUGGUGGCCGGUCAUGUGAUCGACCACCGGCCGACCAUCGAGAACUGGAGGAUCGUCUUUUAUAUCGCCGCUGGGGUGUUCAUUUUCACUGCCACCUUUUACAAUAUUUUUGCAAGCGGCAAGCCGCAUUGGUAACAUCUAAAUUAA